GUUGGAUCAUGUUAUUUAGUCCGUUCAUUGAACCAGAAUCAGCUGAUUAAGCGCGCUUUACGUGUGUUUUCAUUCAAUGAUGGGGAGUUCUUUUAGACCAGCGGACUAUUUGUCGCAUAAUAUUCACCAUGUUUCUUCUCAACACGAUAAUAUGCAGAACACGCUUGGUAAACAUAGACGGAUGCGUUCAGAGGGGUCUGCCUGUAUCACCUCAUCUUUCUGUGAUCCUCUGAUCUCAAAUCAAACAGAUGCAGAUUGGAUGCCACAGUCUGCUGUCAGGAGGCGAAAGUUGCCGAAGUUCUGCCUGCCCAGCGAUUCUUCAAACCAUGUGGCCACCAACGCAUAUACACCACAACCGUCUUGGGAUCUAAAUUCGUCUGUUACAGACUUGCAGUCACUAACUGUUCCCAAAACAAAUCACUCUCCCUUGUGCGCACAUCGUCGAUCUGCUAGUUAUGGUGGAGAUUACUUUACGUUCGCAGCUCAUGAGAUUGGAGAGGCUGCUAGUAGGGCUGUAGAACAAGCAGAAGAGUUGGUUAUUCACCUUUGGAAAAAAGGGUGGAGAGUAGUUCAUCACCAUAGCUUACCACACUGGUUAAAAGACAACGAUUUUAUCCUCCGGGGUCACCGUCCGCAACUCCCAUCAUUUCGUGAAUGCUUCCGUUCUAUCUUCCGACUUCAUACGGAAACAGGAAAUAUUUGGACACAUCUCAUUGGUUUCGUUUGUUUUCUUAUCUUGAGUAUCUCAUUUCUAGUUCAUCCGGGUUUAAAUAUACAUUGGCAGGAGAAAAUGGUUGUUCAGGUAUUUUUUACAAGCGCCAUCCUUGCACUUGGUUUUUCAUGGUUGUUUCACACAGUUUAUUGCCAUUCAGAACGUGUUGGUAAAUUAUUCAACAAAUUGGACUAUGUUGGAAUAUCAUUACUUGUUAUCGGGUCAUUUAUCCCAUGGAUUCAUUAUUCUUUCUAUUGUUAUAAUUCAUUCAAACUUGUUUAUAUUUUGGCUGUGCUGAUACUUGGUGGAUUUUGCGCUUUUGUAUGCACGCAAGAUUAUUUUCUUAGCCCAACGUAUCGUGCAGCUAGAGCACUUUUGUUUAUUGCUCUUGGUCUGUCGGGAGUGGUUCCUUGUGUACAUUAUAUUCUAAUUGAAGAUCUUCAGGAGGGUGUUCAUUAUUCUGCACUUGGAUGGCUUAUUCUAAUGGCUGUACUAUAUAUAUCGGGAGCUACCAUUUAUGCACUACGUAUACCUGAGCGUCUUUAUCCUGGUAAAUUUGAUAUUUGGCGAAUAACAGCAGUUGUGGUGGAACAAUAUAAGUACAUAUGGAGAGGCAGCUUAAUGGUUACGGAGCUUGGCUUGUAGCCAUUAUGUCCCGAAUUCGAACAUUAGUCGAUCUAAUUCUGUUUGAACAAUUGAGUAGUAUCAUUAACCCUCAAAUCCAGAGUGUGGGUCAUAACUGAGUACCCGGUGAAAUUAAUUGUGAGUUCAUUAGAUAUCUAAGUUCUUUUAAUGUUGUUACAAACUAAAAUAAGUUUUAAUUAUUUGGAAAAGGAAAAAAGACAAAUGCAGCAAACUUAAAAAAAAGAUAUGGAGGGAUUGAAAACUGACUAAUUAUUAUGUAAAUAUUGUGUUCUACGUUCAGAGCCAUUUGUUGUACGUUUUUGUUCCUAUGUAAAAUGUAAACUAGGCCUGGUUUCAAAUCAUACCAAAUUUUUUGCAUCUUUUAAAUAUGUUGUUAGUUCCUAGCCACACCUAUUUACAGGCUGUAACACUAUGUCUAUGCGAAGUAACAUUUUAUGCAAAAGCAGCAAACUGUGAACUAUUUCCCUUGUAGUUAUCGAAUUGUUUUAUUUAUCACUAAAUCAACAUUGUUUCAUUGUUUUUGGCAAUAUUUAGGUUAGAGAUUUAUAAAUGUCUGUUAAACCUGGAGGUAGAUUUCUACUAUGAACUGGUAAUUUAAUCGUAAUUGAAGUUUGACAUAAGCGUUAUUGAAAUUCGACUCAAUAGUUUGAAGUUAUCUUGCUUACCAUGAGAAAAGUGAAUGCCUAAGGUUGAGUGCCGUGCAUAGUUGUGAAUGUGUACUACUUUAAAGGUGGUCCCAAAGUAGAACAAAACAUUUCCCUGGUUUUCAUUAGCUUUUGAUAGGUGAUGUUAGCUUAAAGUGGAAACUAUGUCGGAGUCCUUAGUAUUGGUUACUAAUUGUAACUUUAAGUAUUAGUUAAUAAUAUCGAUAAGACUAUGGCGUAUAUAGUGAAAUCUUAGUUGUUUCAUUUUUAGGUACGCACCGUGGCAGCCCGAAUAUACUUUUUUUGACAGUCUAAAUAUUUGCAAUGAGACGAUAGUAGUUGUUUUCUUUUGCGGUAUUGUGAGAUGUUUUAGCUAAAAGCUUUUUGCACUUAACUGUUAAGUUACCGACAUCAACAGUUUGGUGGAUAAUUUUAGUAAAUUUAUUUAAAUAGAGUAGUUCGAAUGUUUAAUAAUUGUGUUAGGAUUUACAUUAAACUUGGAUAGUUGGAGCACAUCUUACAUGCUCUAUAUUAACACCUCUAUUAUGGUAAACUUCGCUGUCCAGUGUGAUGUGACUGAAUGUAAAAAGUGUAAGCUAACCUAAAUAUGGAGUAGCACAUUUGUCUGUUGAAACCACUGAUUAUUCGUUUGACCUGUACAAAAAGAUGCAGUAUCACGUUUUACUGUACACUGUAUUUAGUUUCCAAAACGUGAUAUUAGUAAUUCCUUUGAAGUCACUACUUCAAAUAACAUUGUCGAAUAUAUAAUAAUAUGUGUUUGAUUCCAGUUACUCUAAAUUAACCCUUGUAAUGUAAAAGAGCAUAUAAAGUUUUAUUUUACUUCAUUGUUAAUUAUCUUCAUAUUCAAACAUGUCACUUCAAUUUCAUUAGAGCAAAUGAUAAAUAAAGCAAAGCACUUUAAUGUUUUGAUCAGAUUUUGUGUGGAUUAUUGUAGAGCUAUUGAGUUAUUCAGCCACAUUCCUUCGGAAUAGAUCUAUAGUUUCUAGACGGAUUAUGAAGUCGAAUAUGCAGCUCGUAAAUAAUGUAUGCAAGUUAUAUCUAUAGUAAUUAUUUCAAGAUAGUACGUUUCUUAACCUGGUCGGUGGCCUAUUAGAAUAUGAAUAGGGAAAUAUGGACAGGACUAUUUUAAACUUAGUCGGUAGAUUUUCCCAAUAAAUCGUUUAUUGUAAAGGAAUCUGUAAUAUCAAACUUUGAAAGUAUCUUAUCCUAGCCAAGAACUGUCAAGUUCAUUACUGAUUUUCUAUUGUGGAAAAUACUUUUAUCGUUUUGUAUAUUUCACCCGGUUGUAGCUAAUACCUUUUUGUGGUGGUUGGGAUUGGUUCUGAUGAUCCAAUAUAUCGAUUGGAAUAUAUGUUCCUUAAGGUUUUAACACGUCAGGGGUGUUGUUUAGAAGGUUAUAAGAACAAAAGCACUGAACCAGUGAUCAGAGGGCAAAAUCGCACUGUCGACUGUACAGAGAAUGAUGGGAGUAUGAUUUUUUCUUCAGACAACCUAUAUCUGCAAAGAUUCUGGGUUCUACAACAGUGGCGGGAGGUUAGAAAGAUUCGUUCCAAAUAUUAACAUCCCAAAUUACCCCGAAGACAACCGUUGUCUGUUUUAAGGCCUUCAAAGUAUGGGGUUGACACACCAAAAACUACUUACGAAACGGCUAUGCGUGACUGUCCUCAGUCAAUUGUCCCUUGGACAAUGGGGAUCACUCCUUACGUCUUAAAUGCCAUCGCUAAUCCAGUUUCCUGUUUAGAUCUCCGAAAAAGAAGAGUCUUAUGGUGUAAGUAACCGGGAGUGAUAAGUGUCCUCAUAUCUUUAACAGCAAAUUUGAUGACUGACUCUCAUAUAUACCCUUUUUCAACUUUUCUUAAUUAUAUUUUAGUAUUAUUCAUACUGUUGUUAUCAUCAUAGUAUCAUUUUUUUAAAAGUUUUAUUCUUCAAUGUUUCCCUUUAUAUUUUCAGUUCCAAAGUCAUCAAAUAUUUCAUGUAUUUGUUGUAUUGGCUGCCUUAGUACACUUGAAUGGUAUUAUGGAAAUUGCUCAGCAUCGAUUAAGCAAAGGCGGUUGCGAUAAUCAACUGUAAAUGUGCUAAAAUAUCCUCUCUGUUUAUCCAUUUCAUUUUUAUGAAUAUUCUUACUUUUCCAGGACAUUAUCUACCAUAUUACUACUGUGUUUGUUCAUGUAGGAUAUAAUAUAAUCAGGACUGUGUACAGAAAUGUAGAUUUGUAAUUGUUUUUGCCUCGAAUAUACUAAUCAAAUAUUCAAUCGUUUCUUUAGACUUUCUUAUAUUUUAUCGUGAAUUAUUUCAUUCCAAUGGCAUUUUCAGAAUAUAUCAAAUAAUUUAUUUCUUAUCUCUUUCUCUCCAUUUUUGACACACACACACACAUACAAUACCUAUGCCUAUUUAUUCUAACGUAACCAAUAAGUAUGUUUUGUUACUUAUUUAUGCAUAUGACUACGUGUUUGUAUACAGUUGUGCACGUAUGUAAAAAGCGUUGUUUUCUGUGUUUUUGUUUGCGGUUGUUUCUCGUUUUAGCAAGGAACAGGUCAUUGUUAUUAUUAUUAUUUUAGAAGGUAUUAGUUUAGUAUUUUGCCUUUUAUUUUCAAUAAAGAAUAAACUGUUU